GAUUGUUCUCCAAAACCCUAAGCAAAUAAAUCCAAUUUGCAUUGCAAGAUGGACCAUCGCGAUGCAGAAGAAUCAGACGGUGGAGAUGUAUCUUCCGCCCAAGCAGUUCUUCUGGGAGCUUUAGCUCCCGGUGUUAAUGUUUCUUUCAGAAACCGGUUUAGUGUCUAUCGAUCAUCAAAUGCGUGAGAUGGGCUUAGAGCAUAAGGACCAUCUAGAGAAAAACAGAAAGAGCAAAUAACUAUUUUCUUACAAACAUUAGAAAAGAAGACGUCGUGUACUUUGGAGAUUGGGAGGCUUUCUGAGGACACUUCCUUGAAAUGUUUGAGAGAACCUUCUGCUGAAAUCCUUCAUGGUGAAUUGAACAGCAUCCAAAUCUUCCAGAUUUCAUGAGAAGAAACAUUUUGGUUGAAGGGAUUGAUACUCCAUAUCCUGAUGGAUUAGCACACCAAUGCUGGUCUGAUUUCUAUGAGAAACUUUACCUUCUGAUGCUCCAGAAGACUGACCAAGAAUCGUCUGUAGUCAAGAGAAUGCAAGAACUUCAAGUCAGCUCCAGCUUCAACAAGACAAUGGGGUCUUCAACUGCUUCUUUAUUACCUUCAACUUCAAGAAUGAAUGAUACCGAGAAUCUUAGAUUUCCCCAAGGUUUUUCUUUUGAAGAGGUGGGUUGCCUUGACUCGAGCAAGUGCGAGGUUUUGUCCUGCCAUUUUUCAUCAGAUGGAAAGAUUUUGGCGAGUGCUGGGUUUGUAAACCAGGUUUUCAUUUGGAACAUGGAAACUCGUGAUCAUGUAACUACAUCAUCUGCAUCUUCUCAUUAUAUUACGGAUGUUAGAUUUAAACCAGGUUCAACUAUAUUUGCAACAUCUUCCCUUGAGGCAAAUGUAAAAAUAUGGGAUGCUGCUAGCAGGGGAGCUAGUAAUCAAAUUAGAUUCCAGCCUGGAUUUGGGAAGCUUUUAGCCACUGCUACUGGAAAUAUUAUCAACAUAAUUCUUUUUGAGAAUUCAGCUUUUCUGUUCCAUCUAAAGGGACAUAUCAAAGAGGUUCUUUCCAUUUGUUGGGAUGAAAGUGGAAACUACGUUGCCUCUGUAAGUGAGGAUAGUGCACGUGUCUGGUUUGUGCUGUCUGGCGGAAAGUGCAUAAAUGAAUUGCAUUCGAAUGGGAACAAGUUCCGGUCGUGCAUAUUUCACCCUAGAUAUCCUAACCUUGUAAUUGUUGGUGGCCAUAAGAACCUGGAAUUAUGGAUACCUGAGAGCAAGCAAACCAUGGCCGUUCUUGCCCACAAUGAUAUAAUUGCUGGACUAGCAACUUCUCCCCAAAAUGGAUUGAUUGCUACAGCAAGCUAUGAUCAUUGUGUUAAACUAUGGAAAUGUAGUUCGAGAGCAAGUCUCUGUUCUUAUGUCUAAAUUUUUGGAGUUUAAUAUCUAGUUUAGACACAACUUUACUUUUAUAGCAUGCUUUGGACUGA